UUAAUUAAAAGUUUUUUUUUAAAAAAUUAAAUCAUGAAUUUAUUUCUAAUUACUACUAAUAAUAAUAAUAAACAUCAAUCAAUAAUACUGAUAACAGCAACAAUAUGUCUAUAUUUAUUAAAUGAUAAAGUUAACGGACAGUUAGGUGGAGGCAGUUUAGGUGGCGGUGGCGGCGGUUUGGGUGGUUUAGGUGGUGGUGGCGGCGGCAGUUUGGGUGGUUUAGGUGGUGGUGGCGGCGGCAGUUUGGGUGGUUUAGGUGGUGGUGGCGGAGGUUUAGGCGGUUUAGGUGGUGGUGGCGGAGGUUUAGGCGGUUUAGGUGGUGGUGGCGGAGGUUUAGGCGGUUUAGGUGGUGGUGGCGGAGGUUUAGGCGGUUUAGGUGGUUUAGGCGGUGGCGGUAGCGGUUUAGGAGGUUUAGGCGGAGGUAGUUUAGGUGGCAAUAGCCUACUAAAUAGCUACCCGUUCAACCUGAACAGUAUACUAUUGAAAUACGGUUUCGGUCAGGUAGUCACCAAAUUUCAUUGUUUUCUAACCGAUUUGGACAAUGAUCUAUCCGGUCUGUUUGCCGGUGUAGCCAACUCCGGAUCUGACUAUCCCUAUGCCAUACGCGAUGAUAUCGGUGAACUACUGGGCGAUUUGAAUACCACCCUAGACUACCAUUCCUCAUUGGUACAUUCAUCAGAUGAUUAUGGUCAACGUUUGGAUCAGGUUCAAUUGCAUCUGGGUAAAUUGAUUGAUUUUACUAAUCAAGUUUUCGAUAAAUUGUUGGACGAUAAACCACGUCUAGGCAUACCCCUAUACAAUGGCACCCAAAUUAGCCAGAUAUUGAAAUGGACAUCCGAUCAGCUGGGCACUUUUAUUACGGCCGAACAUGAACCUCGAUUUCAGCAGGUACUUGGUCAAUUGUUUAGUACUAUUGACAAUGCCAUGCACUGGGCUAACCAACGUCACCAGAUCCAGUCACUGUGGUCCGGGCUAUCAAGUUUAGCUGAACAUCAGGCACUACUAGAUUUUAUGACCAAAUGGAACCAGGAGUUUGGAUCCAUUAUCGGUGCACUACAGUAGUCCACCCUAACCCAACCCACCCCUACCUAAGUGUAGGUGCUGUUAGCUUAAAAUAGCACCUCCAUGGG